UUUUGUUACACUUUGGAUGAUAUAUUUCUCUUCGUGUGACUUCGAAUGAGCGUUUUGUGAACAUUUGGUGAGUUUUUUAAAAUAAAUUUUUCUUUUCCUUAAAUCACAAUCACAUUUAUUUAUUAAAAUUUAAACCCAAAUCUUGUUUGCUUGCCAAGCGCAUGCAUUUCCCAUUAAAUUCUGUACCAAUAUUAACAUUUUCUGAUUAAAAAUAAAAAAAGUUAUGAAGGUUUAGAGAAAACAUAGUAGUGCAUACUUAAAUAAAUUUUUGGUCUAUUUUUGUCUAUUUUUUUUUUUAACCAAUCAAUCCAGGGGGGGGGGGGAAGUGCCUCCCCCCCUUGCCCCUACAUGCGGGCGCCCAUGUGUUGGGUUUUCAAUGUCCUGUCUUAAAAUUUGUAACAGUUUCGAUUUCUUUCUCAAUAAAUAGCUGGUGAUUUACUAAGACUAAGAGGCGAAAAGCAGGAAAGUAAUGAAAUAUAUGUCAGUAGCGAAAUAAACACCAUUGCAAACAGAUGAAUAACAGAGCAAUUUGGUUCCAUCCAGAUACAUAAAAUCACUAACACUGCCUCUCAUUUUACUCACCACAGACCAGAGUCAACUUAGCUGGCAUCUAAAUAAUUAAGUGCCAUCUAUCAAACUAGAGCUGACCAACCAUGGGCGCCCGCAGGGGGGGGGCAAGGGGGGAACCCCCCCCCCCCCCCGGAAUGAUUGGAUAAAAUUUUUUUAGACAAAAAUAGACCAAACAUUUAUUUAAGUAAAGAGAAAGUAACUAAGCUGAUGUCCUGUCCGUUCGCUCACCAUACACAUACGCUACAGUAAAUUAAAACUAUAUUAAAACAUUACUAAAAAAAAUUUUGCCCUCCCCCCCCCGGAAAGUUAAUCGAUUUUUUUGCCCCCCCCCUCCGAAAGUUUUCUGCGGGCGCCCAUGUGACCAACCACAGACCAUUUAAAUAGCUUAUUUGCCUACUAUGACUCACAAUUGUCGAGAAAAGGUCAAUCCACUUGCAUAGGAAGGGGGCUGUGGAGGGGGUGGUCCACACAGGUGCCACUUUUUAAAAAAUUUAUAUUGAGGGGCGGCAUUCUCGACGAGCUGAAGUUUUUUUGUUUUGUUUUUUUUUAAAACUUAGUGGUAGUGGGUGGCACAACUUUCUAGUUAACAUAUCCCUGGUCCGCUCGAAACGUUUCCCAGAUCUGCUCAUUAUGAGGACACUUAACACAUCACCCAACGCUUGGACAUUGGUCGCUCUCUCAGUCUCUGUUGUUGGUGGAAUUCUAUUACGUAGCCGAGUCUCUCGCCUCGCACCUUUUUUUGCCCAUGCGCCGUUUACCUGGUCUGGCCUGCUGAUUACCGAUACCAAAGUCAUUCUCUGAUACACUAAAGUAAUACGUCGGCAUAGCUAGAGCGAAGUGGCCUCCACGACCUUGCCAUGUUUCUGUUUAGUAAGGCUGUGGGCAGCAACGCAGUCGCCGCGGCUUACCCGUGUAUAGGUUUACUUUAAGCAGAUUUCUGAUCGUUAAUGCUGCAUAAAUUUUAUGGUUUGUGUCCACUGCGGUGGCCGCGCAAAUGAACGCAGGACAAGUAAACCCACAACUCACCAUAAAACAUCCAAACACAAGACUAGUGAACCAACAGACAAGUUAACACGCAGAAAAGUGAAUAUCGGUAAAUGUUUCAGAACUUUUUAUUGAAGUAUUUUUUUUAUUAGGUUCGUGUGUUAAUUUAUUUUUCAAUCUUUUCUGUCUUAGUUUCUGAUUGUUUUUUAAUUCAUGAAUGAUAUUUGUACAUGGUGUAUGCAUCCUAUAUCGUUCAUGCAGCCCUCUAAUUUAAAAAAACAACACAAUUUUAUACUUUUUUUUCAUUUUUCUCAAUUUUGCAUUUUCCGGAUUUUUUAGGAACGCCAAAUGAAUUGGGAGGAAAAGUAUUCUAGCUACAGCCUUCAAACAUUGCAUGCUUCUUUUCAUUGAUAUUCUUUACAAAAUUCAAGAGGCAUUUUUUUUAUAUACCGGGUAUAUCCAACUAGAAAAGGCUUAUAAAUAAAAUUUUUACAUUUGCUACUCCUGAAGAGUUCUCGAAUAUUUAUGUGACCCCCCCUCAUACAUGCCAUUUGUAACACUUCCAAUAACUGCUGUGUAAUAAGCUUCUUUAAACUUUAUGUCAAUGUUAUUCUUAAUGUGUAUGCCAAGUUUCAUUUAAAAUACAGUACAAUAAGUUACAAUACAAUGCAAUACAAAUUUGUCUUUAUUCAUUCUGCUUAAAAGUCAAAUUUGAUAUAAAAUGUUUAAUUUUUUGCAAUAAAAGUCACAACAAAUUUUUUUAAAAUAAACUUUAGUGGAUUUUUGUCUUUCUGUUUGUGUAUGGUUUGUAUGUACUAUAUUUUUUUCAAUGGCUCUAUUUAUUUAGGGUUAUCAGUAUUUUAUUUUCAAUGUGGCAUGACUUAGUUGCCUUGAAACCAAACUCCCUUCACAGAUCACAUAUAUUUGCUCCCACUCAAUCAUUACAUCUGUACUUAAAUGAAGAAAUGAUACAAACAAUAGUUAACUGUACGGGUACCAACAAGGAAUGUGAGAAAGUAAAAGGAGACAAAUGGCAAAGGAAUGAUGUGACCUAAUUGAAUGAGUUUAUUGGCUGCCUACUCCUUACUGGCCCCUAAUUUAUUUUAUGGAUUACUUGAGUACACAACUCAAAUAAAUAACAACCAAACAAAAAUGUUCUCAAGUCAGUUAAGGUUUUUUUUUUUAUAUUAAAUUUUAAAUUAUGUACCAGUGUGUUAGACCCAGUAGACAGAUAUGGUAAAAAAAAAAAGACAAGACCUCCAAAAUAAUUCUCUUUCUCAUGCUUUAUACAAUGGCAUCCUUUAAUUUUAAGAUGUUCAUUGCAACUACCUUGUGAAUUAGGUUAAGUCAAAUGAGAAAAGUUGUGGAAAGGAGAUUCGAGAUAUCAGAAAAAACAGUCAGUGUCCACAUGUAUGACUCCCACUGCCAAGGAAAAAGUUUAAAAUUGGUGGUUUUGUUCUGACUAAGCAAAGCUCUCUAGAGGAAUAGUUGAAAUUAAUUCAUUAUGAAUGCAAUUUUUAUUAUUUAGAAUACCUAUUAAUUCAUAAAGUACUGUGUGAUUAAAUCUUUUAACUUAAACAAUCAAUACACAUAAAUAAUCUUAAGUAAAGGAUUUAAUUUUAAUAAUUAAAUUAAUAUUAUUACUUUUCUAAAAUUCAAAUGAAAACAAAAAUGUAUCUAAAUCAUCUUCAUUACUAGAUGAUCUACGAAAAUGGCUUAAACUAAAAAAGAAAAUAGGAAAGAAAAAAAAAUCUACCCGUCCUAAGAGAAAUUAACAAAGCAAAAAAAAAAAAACUAAAAAGAAUAAAACUAUGAAUCUAUGAAAUAACAAGGAGAAAAAAAAACAAUUUAAAAAAAAUAAUUCUCAUACUAUUAUUGUUAUCACCCCCGGCUCCGAAGCCAUUUAAUCUGUACGGAGCCACUCUGGGUGCGAAUAGUCAUUUGCGAUUAAAGGUACCCGGGUACCUAUAGAUGCAGCCUUAGAUAUUAUAAUUAUAAUAUUUUCACCAGCUGCCUGACUUGGAAUAAGUUGAUUUUCUAUAAAAGAAACUUCACCAGGGCUUUGGCUUUGUAGUUUCAUCAGAUACACUUAAAGCGGAAAUGCAUUAUUGUUUGGUGCAUACGGACAGGUGCAAUAAACUAUAAUAAUACAAAUGAGAAACAUGUAGGCCUACUUUUUGUAAAAUAACAUUCAUUUUUAUUAGACUUUAAAAAGUGACUUAGCUACACAUUGUGAAGAUGCAACUCUGUCUAAAGGAUGUCUCUCUCGUAACAUUUGUUAUAACACUGUAAGUCUAAGGCUAACCUAACUUUCAACCACAUUUGUAAUUCUACUUAAAUUUACAUUUAUAAGUCCCCUCACACCCUAGUAAACCAUAUAGAUGAAGUAAUUUUAAAAAGCUGUUAAUUUAACUUGAAUUGCUUUGUGCUUUAAAAUAUUUGUAGACUAUUUCAACCAACUUCCAUAAAAGAGAUGAAAUUUUGUAAAAAUCGCCUAGACUCUGAUGACUGUGGAGUAAUGCAUUUUCAUGGAGCCAUAUAGCCCUCCCCCCGUAAAAAACAAUUCAUCAUAUCCAAUGGUUCAUGUAACUGAAAUUCGAACUGUGGAUGUGGCCUCUUCUCAUCAUAGCACACUAAGACUUUUUAAUGAAUUACUAAAGUAGGCCUAUAUGACUUUACAAUUAAAGAAAUAACUUUUGCAUUUAAAAAGUAGUCUUUUCCCAAUUUACUUUUAUUUUAUACUUGAUAAUACUUUAUCAUCGUAUAGUCUAUGCCCAUACUAAUUUUGUGAACUUUGCUUAUAUUAUCGCUUAACUGUGAGUAAUACAUAUUCCGAAUUUAGUUCAUUAGUAAUUUCAGCAGACUACAUCUGUCUGUUUUAUCUGCAAUUCAGUGUUAUUACCAAAAAAAAAAAAAAAAAAAAAUACACAAAAAACAUGCAAUAGGUUUAAAAUGAUUAAGUUUGCGUACUGAUACCUAAAAUUGUUUGUUAUAUUCCGAAUUUAGUUCAUUAGUAAUUUCAGCAGACUACAUCUGUCUGUUUUAUCUGCAAUUCAGCGUUAUUACCAAAAAAAAAAAAAAAAAAAAAUACACAAAAAACAUGCAAUAGGUUUAAAAUGAGUAAGUUUGCGUACUGAUACCUAAAAUUGUUUGUUCACUACGAAGUUUGUAGGGGUACCCCAGAAAAAUUCCUUAACCCAGAUUUAGCAUCUCAGUAGUUAUUAUUUUAUUUGAAAUCCAAUAGGUGUUUUUAAUGAUUAUUAAUUAGUUAUUAAUUAUAACAAAAUAUAAACUAAGGAAGUUUAUUUUUUUUAAAAAAUAAAAAUAAUACUAAAAAGAAAACUAAAAUAAAUGCAACUGUCAAAAUUAUAUUAUAUUUUUUUUUUAAAAGCAAAAUCUGGUUUUAACAAUAAUGGUGGACUGCUAUGUAGUCAACAAUCGAGGAUAAAGGAAAACAAAGUCAAACUUGAUGAAGGAUGACUUGAAUGAAUCCGAUUCUUGUUAACACUACAAUGGCUGCCCAGGAGAAGGCUAACAGAUUUGUUGAUUAUUUUGUUAUAUGUGGGCUAGAUGAAUCAAGUGACUUGGAGCCAGAUAAACUUGCAGGUAACAUAAUUUUUAUUUGAUUUAAUUUGUGUCUGUACUGUAGUAGAACUAUAAUAUAAUUUAUUAGAAUAAUAGUAAUAAUACAUACUAAUACUAAUAAUAGUUUUGUGAGUAUCGAGUCUUCAGUUCUUAUUCAACUUAAAUAGACUAUUCAAAAUACAAUACAAUCAAUAGUGAAAACUCAGUAAAUAACAGUAAUAAGUCAAUUCAAUAACAAUUCAAUAUAAUAUGACACAUGAUUAUCCUGUUGUAUUGUUUACAAUCCAAUUGUGAAUUAGGAACUUAGAUUUACAAUGAUCAAUGAUAAAAUAAGGGAUGGUGGGGGAAAGACUCAAGACUGCAAUCAGUGUUACUGUGUGUUUAGGUAGAAGGAAAUAUGUGAAACAAGGUAGAUAAAACAUUCAUGAAGAAAAAAAGGUCUCAACCAAACAACCAUUGAAUUGGCCUUCUUCAUCAAACUCAAAAAAAAAAAGACUAAAUUUAAAAAUUAAAAAAAUGAUUCUCUCAUUUGUCGUUUUCUGUCACCAUUAUUAAUUUUUAUGCUUUUUGUGUUAAGGCAAUUUUUAAUCAGAGAUAACUCAGACAGCAUUGAGUUAAAUAGAUUAUACAAAACAUUGGGGUAUUAGCUCUGAAUCUUUUUGUUGUAUUCUGUUAGCAUUAUUAAUUUUUAUGACUCGUUGUUUAAGACAAUUUUUUAUCAGAGAUAACUCAGACAGCGUUGAAUUAAAAUAGACCGUACAAAACAUUGGGGAGGGGGGAGGAUUGAAUUAUGGAUAAUGGAUACAAUAUUAUAAAUUGAUUUUUCAAUGAAUACCAUGGAAAUAGCUAUCAAGCUAGCAACUUGAUCUUCUUCAUUGAUUAUCAGUACAUCAUAUAAAAUAUUACUACAUUCCAAAUGAAUUGGCUCAUGAAAACAAUUUCAAUAAUCAAUGCAUUUGAAAGAAAAAAGUGAUAAAAUAAAUAAAAAUGAAAAAGUUGUGCCAUUUAACAGAAGCAAACAAUUUAAAUGAACACAAAAGUCAUUUGUACCUCCGAUGCAUUAUUUUCUAUAGGUGAUACACAGCAAAGCCCUCCUCUUGAGCGUCCAUAUAAGUCAGUUGUUCUUGCCCAUUUUCCAGAGUCAGUAACAUGGAAUCCUUUUGAUGAAAAUGCUGUUGGAAUGGUACUUUUUUAUGCAGUUUAAAUCAUUUUAAAUAUUAGGUUGAAUAAUAGAUCCUUUGUGAGUUAAUAAUAUCUUUACUCAUAAAUAUCUUGAAAAUAUAUCUUAAUUGAAGAUAGCCCUUGUAAUAAAAAUGUUUUUAAAGAUUACUGUACAUUUUCUUUUGCAAAAUUAUAUUAUAUUUUAUGAUGGACUUUAUUUUUCAGGACUAAAAUUGAUCGAUGCUUAAUUGAAAAUUGAGACUAGAACCAAAAUUAAAUUAUUUUUAAUGCAGCUCAAUUCCAUUGAGAUUUUUAAUUAUUUAGUAAUAAGUUCAGGUCUAAUGACACAUGUCUUAUCAAGUGUUGAUUAACAAGGUAUAAACCUAUUCACCACUUACUUUCAUCAGCUAUGUUUGCCCAGAGGCUUAUCCUUCAAGACCCAGUGGGACUCACGGCAUCCAAAGUUUCAUUCGUUUACCAUUACUCGCGAGGAUGGUUCCAGGUCGUAUGGUUCAGCACUUGUAUUUUAUGAAGAGGUCACAACUAAGUCUGUGCUUGACACCAUGCAGACGUUACACGCCAUGCACCAGGCAAACACAGCUGUUAAGUUUUCAAUUGACAGUCCAGAGCCUGUUAAAAAAAUCAUGUCUGAACGCAAGGAUAAACAAUCUUCCUUUGAUGCCAACCGUGACAAACUUUAUGUCAGUAAAUGCAUUUGUUUAGUCACACCCUUCCCAUUUGUGAGGUAAGUGUAAUUAGUUUGUAAAAAAAAAAACUCUUAGCAAAAGUCAGAUCGAUUCUGUGAUUUAAUAAAAAAAAAUUUGUUACCAAAUUUAGUUUAUUAACUGCUUUGUGACCAUCUGUGAAUAUAUUUUUGAAUACAAUACCUGUGUUCAUGAAGAUGGGAAAUACACUGCUGGGUUAAUAAAUUUGUUCAUUUACAGUUAUGGGCUCUUGAAAUCAUGUAUUUUACCCUGGCCAUAUACACUGCUUUUUUUUUAUAUUAUUUUUGGGAUGAUAUUUUUUAUUGAUGAGCACCUAAUGCAUGUCCAGAAGCUUGGAGUUUGGGAAAAAAAGUACAUUGCCCGGUUUGUCACUCAACCAAUUGUCCGGUUUGUCACUUAACCAACAAGUAAACAAGUAAAUUGAAUAGCUUCAAAAUAAAUACAUUAGUUUUAACAUUUUUCAGAUCUUGUCAGCAAUUUUUACAUCAGCUUUAUGAGGCUUCGCAGAAACCCAGUCAGCUUGCAAUGACACUAGAAUCCUAUGUUUUUAAUGUGAUCUACGAUGUGCCGCUUCCACCAUGUGGGCGGAGUUUGCAGUUUUAUGGCUGUUCCAGCCCCGUUUACGUUUUUAGACCAAGUAAGUCUUCUUUUGUAAUAUGGUCAUCAGUUUCCAGGUUUAUGGCUGUCCCAGCCCUAUUUAUGUUUUUAGACCAAGUAAGUCUUCUUAUGUAAUAGUGGUCAUCAGAGCGCUUAAAUGAACUUGAAAAAUGUAUGUCACACACUCCCCAGCCAUUAUUAAAAACAUGAUGCUUAUUUCUGCCUCUGUAAAGUUUAAUAUAAAAUUUAAAAAAAAAAAAAGAGCCUCCCAAAUACCUUAUUUGCCAGAAACCACCAUAGCACCAGCAUAGUACCACCAUAGCACCAGCAUAGUACCACCAUAGCACCAGUAUAGUACCACAUAGCACCAGCAUAGUACCACCAUAGCACCAGUAUCUCAGCUCUUUUGUGUCCAUUACAAUAAAUAGUAACAGUAAAUCAUUGAUUUUAUAACUUUCUUUCCUCCCCACAGGUACCCAAGAAUUACCUUUGUUUGAUUUCUCUCUCUAUGACAUGUUUAAGUUACUGGGUGUAGAUGGUGUGGUAGAUAUCUUCAAAUGUGUGCUCCUUGAGCACCAGAUCCUCUUGUAUUCAUCUGGUAAGUGAUAGAGGUUUCUUUGAAACUUAUGUACCCCAUGCAAAUAAAUAAGGCGUUGAGAUUUUGUAUCAAUGAUAAGAAGUAAAGGAAAUAUUUCUCUUCCUAAAUAAUCUGGCCCUUAAAGUUUCUUUAGUUUGCGUUCCAUUUACCCAUGAUUUCUACUAAACCACCAUUAUACCUAGAGUAAUGAAAUACUUUCCUCAACUUAAGACAGCUUGUGCUGUAAAAUUUUGAUUUGAGUAAAUUUAAUUAUUUCGUAAUGGUGAGCUUUAAGUUUGAAAAGAUCCUAAUGUUUUUAUGCUUCAUUUUGCAAUCUUGCAUGCCUAAUGAAUCUCCAUGUGUUUUGUAUAAUUAUUGUCUGGCAACAGACAAGUAAAAAAAAAAAGUGUUAAAUUAAAAAUAAUAAAUUGUAUUGAACGUCUGCAAUGACCAGCAAAUUCAUAUCUAAACAAUUAUUGUGGCAGAUUACCAGCGACUUAUGCUUGUGGCAGAGGGCAUGUGUGCACUAGUGUUUCCCUUCCAGUGGCAACUAGUCUAUGUGCCUAUAUUACCAGCGUCGAUGCAACAUUUUCUGGAUGCACCUGUGCCAUUCAUAAUGGGGCUUUACAGAGUGUCCAACACAGACAAGUCACAAUUGGUGCUUCCAUCUGAGGUAAACUGACUCCAGUAACUUAUUACCUGGAGGAACACUAAAUUUGAUCUGAGAUUAAAUCAUUAUUGAUAAAAGUUUGUACAACUGAUUUUUUGGGUUUCACAGGUUUAAAAAUAGUAAAUAUACAUAUUACAUUUACUUAUCAAUUCCAUUGGUUUAGCCUUAAGGAUAUUUUUAUCAGUAAGCUGUAUGAUUUUAAUGUAUAGUUUCUGGUUGUAAAGUUUUGUCUAGUUUGGGCUUAUGUUUGUACCAAUGCAUUACUUGAGUAACAUAUCGUACUUGACUUUGUAACAUACAAAACACUUUUAUUAAUUAAAGUUGAAAGUCUGUUGUAUUGCUGCUAUUUUUUACUAUUCUGUCAUCACCUCAAUGUGCCUAUUAAAUAUUUUAUGUCUCUUACUCUAUUCCUUAGGCCAACAUGUGUUUUGUGGAUAUAGACAAUAAGGCACCUGAGUUUCCAGAAGACCUCCCCAUGUUUCCAUACCAGAAUGAUCUUAAGAUUGAGCUUACUCAGGUUAUCAACAGGUACCAAAACCUUAUUGGUGCAGAGAAAAUGUCUCGGAGUUAUCCCACAACUCCUCGCAGAGAGGCUGGAUUAAAAGCCUCAACCGGCCUACGGCAAGAGGAGCCGUCCAACGCGAACACUAGCAGUUGGCCUAACUCUCCGAAACGUAAAGAAAUUUUACAAAACAGUGAAGCAUGGAAGAAAAUUUCUAGUCUUGCUAAAAAGACAGGAGUGUGGGACUCUAUUGAAGAGAUAGUUUUAGAGGAACCAACGCAAGCUGCAGAUGUAGACAGGGAGACACUAGACGUGCAGGACACCUCUAGUGCCAUGCCCAUGUCAGAAAUCAACAACCUCAAGUUCAACAAUGCCGUACGGGAAAUAUUCCUCAACUGCUUUGUUCACAUGUUUGCUUCCUAUGAGAACUUCGUCAUCAACCCAUCUCAAGACCUGGAGUCUUGGCUCAGUAACAGGGAAACCAUACACAAUUUCGACAAGGCAGCCUUUCUCAGUGAUCAGCCUACAGCACACCUUCCAUUCCUUUCAGCCUUCAUUGAAACCCAAAUGUUCACCACUCUGAUGGACAAUAAAAUAAUCUCACAGUGGGGGGACACUGAUCCAGGCCUUCAGUUGUUUGAUGCCAGAAUCAAGGACCUAAAGGAAGCGGCAGGAGGAGAGCCUAGGAUCAUUACUUACAAUCCUUGCAGUACGAUAGAAGAAACUGGUAUUGAAAAUUCAAUUUCAGUUAAUUUUCAUAGGGCUCAACUAAUCUAUACUUUAAACCAAGUUUAGAAAUUUAUCAAAAUUUUAAAAAAUUAAUUUUCAUUUUAAAAAAAAAUCCCUUUACUUUAAUCUUAUGGGUUUAUCAAAAUUACACUUUAAUUUAGUACUAUUGACACAUUGCUUUGUUUAUAUUCAAGUUGAUAGUUUUCAUGAAAUAUAUUACUUGUAUAUAUAUGUAUUAUUAUUUAAAUAUAUUUAUAUAUGAGCAGUCGUUCAUCUUCUUUAGAAGUUGAUUUUCAGAUUGUUCUAUUUUUUAUAAAAUUCCUAUAAACAAAAAAAAUUAACAAAAAAUUGUGAUUGACGUGUGUUAAAACAUAAAAUGCCUGUGCAAAUACAUCAUUUUUGGUUGUGGUCUUGUAGAGCAGUACAUUGAAAAGAAAGCACGGAACAUUAACUUUGUGGCCACUAAGCCACAUGAAAUAGCCAGUCACAUUUCACCAAGUCAGUAUGUCAGUGGUGUGUUCCCACUGCUGAGCACAGAGCUGUUGAAUUCUGAGCCUGCAAACUCCAAGUAAGACUUUUUCGGAAUGUGUUUCAGUCUUCAGUUAUUUUGUGAAUUGUAAUUCUCCUCCUCUCAAUCCAAUAUCAAAUUUAGUGCUUCAGGUGGCAUAACUGAAACUCAAUUUGCCCGGAUUAAAUAGAUACUUAUGACUACUGACUUUAAAUCAAGGAGAAUUAAAAAACAAAAUAGAAAUUUUCGUAUUAUUUUAAAAAAAAAAAAAAAAAAAAAUUAUUUUCUGGUUAUAAGGAAGGAAUAUGUGUUUAUUUCGUUUUUUUUUUUUUUGUGAAUGAUACUAACGCAUAAUUUGCUCUCUUUACCAGGUCCAGGUUUAGAGAAAAUGCCAAGUGGAGAAGGAAAGACAGACAGUUGCAGCACAAAGAACAUUUACAGGCCAACCAGGAAGCAGAACAGCAAGAAGUGAGACUUUUUAUUUGUUUUAGGGAAUUUCAUUACAAAUCAGCCCUCAUAAAUUCUGCUUGGGUUAAGACACAAUUCUUUUCAAGAAAGAUACUGUAAAAUGUCUAAAAACCUUUGGUGAUAAAUUUGUUAAAGAAAAGAUUUGGACUGCUAAAAUGUAGAAUGAAUUUAUUCAACACAUGGUUCACCCUUAAAGUGCUUAUAUCUCUUAAAAUAAUAUAGUCACAGUUCUCUGACAUUUUUAUAAAUCACUAAUAAAAAAAUAAAUGGUGAUGAUUCUAUAGUGUUAUAGGAAAUGUUUCAAAUGCAGAGAAAACAAAAUAAAAUGUUUAAAACAAAAAAAAAACAGCUUUGAAUCUAUGUGUUGUUGUAUUCCCACAUCAGCACCUUUAAGUUGAUAUCUGUUUCAGAUCUCAUUUGUUUCUCGCACUGCACCAUGGGUACUUUUGUACAAAGUUUUAAACUAGUUUUAAGUCAAGAUUUUAUUUCUUGGUGGUUUUGAUCUAAAAUAUCUUCACAGUCUCUUUGCUCUGCCUGUUUUCCUUUUAAAAAUAUUAUUCAUGUCAUCCAAGCUUAAAUAUUUUAUCUCAUAAAAUAAAACUUUUCCCUUCAUUAUUUUAGUCACAAAUUGAAUUGUGAUCAGUGAAUUUUAGAGGUUUGACGAAGAAAUUUAUUCCCUCUCCUCAUCUCAGAAUUACCCUUUGACAAUGAAAAUGGUGCAAUUAGCAUUUUUAAAUAAUUACUUAAUUUUGCACCUCUAGAUUUUUCAACUGAUAUGAGUAUGACAAUCUUGUAAAAGUGUACUAAUUUUACUUUAAAUUAUCCCUAUGAUAUGUUUAGAUAGCGAAUUGUUCAUUAAAUGCUUAGUCAGAAUUUAUAAUAAUUGCACUUGCGUUACUGAAAAGAUUAUAUUAUUUGUUUUUGUGGCUUGUUAAAAAUGGCCAUGAAAUAACUGUAUUAGCAUCAUUUGGAUUUUUUAAAAAAACAACAUUUUCUCACUAGGUAGGAUCCCAUUUAAUUUAUGCAUUUUUAUUUUAAAUCAAGUUUACAGUUGAAGAAAAAAAGGCACCAUUAUGGGUUGUAAGUACUGUUGAGCCACCCCAGUGUUGCCUGAGAUAGCAACACUGUUCCUUGUAGCAGGCUAUUUAUAUUUUUACCCAUUUGUUUAUUAUCACACUACUCAAUAUCUAUGGCACUGGUGAAGGAUAUUUUUAGAGGUUUUUUAAAAAAAAUAUCUGAAAUGUUCUAAUAAUUUGGGCAAAACUGUAUUGGUUGACUAGAUUUUCUUGCUUCUUUUCUCUCCCAAGCCUUAAUUUUUAUUAUGCUUUUAUUUUUUUUCUCUUUAUCUACAUUUUGUGUGAAUAUUGAAAGAGAGACUACUAUUUGGCCAAUUUAAUCAGCUUUAAUCAAUGCUAAAAUAUGAAUAGCUUACAAUCUAAAUUUAGACAAAACAGUAAAAAGUGUCAAAGUUUGUGUGGCUUAUUAUAAAAUUAACAAAAUGUUUAUAUAUAUAUAAUAAAUGAUAGUGAUAUCAAUAAUUAACAAAUAAGAACAAAGUUUUAUAAUAUCUAUUGUUGAACUGAAAAGAAUGCGACGUUUGAAACAACUUACUAAUUAGACCUUUGAGACAUUUAAAAUUUUACAAACAGGGAUCCUUUUUUUUUUUAUUGACACAUACAUUACACAUCUUCAUUCCUUACUUAUUUUUAAAUUUAAUAUCAGUUUCUUCAUUUUUCUUCAAAUUUAUGUAAUUUUCUGUCUUUUUAUAAUUAUUUUUCUCCCUGAAACUUAUAGAAACAAAAGAAAUAAAGAGUGUUGAAAAGAAAUACAUCUUAGAAUAUACUUUUUAUUUUCUUAUACAAAUAGACAUUAGCAAAGAUUUAGCUUGGUAUAAUUAUGGAGAAUGACUUUGACUAGCUUAAAGAUUACAGCAGAAGCUGUUUAUACACAGUUUUCACAUAGCUGCUGACAAUAACUACUUUUAAAAUGGAAUGGGUCAAUUAUAAUUUGAAUAGGAUAAAAUAAAUAUCAUACUUUAUAGUAUAGCGAAUUUUUUUUACAAUGAUUUUAAUUAUAUUCACCAUUUAAGCUAUUGUGUAGUUAAAUUGACUAUUUUGCCUCACUUUUUGAAAACUUAAAAAAAUAUACAUUACUAAUUUUAGGUAGUAUGAAAAUUUCUCUCUCUCUAUUUAUACCACUAACCUCUACAGGUCAAAUGAUAUAUACAUCAAUGUAGUAGACUGCUUUAGCAAAUUCAAAAAUUGUUGAUAACAUGGUACUUUAAUUGGCUUAUACCAUUUCAAGAAAAGAAAUUAAUACAAUGCAUGCUUGUAAACAAUGCAGGGAAAUCACUGUCAAAUAUUAUUGUACCCAGACUGAGCUUCAAAGGGGGGAUUGGGGGGGGGGGGGCUAAAAUUAUUACAUUAUUUAUAUAAAUUAAUGCCUUACUUACACUUAAAUAUUUUUCUGUAUAUAUUAUAUCAAUGAAUGAUGAAUCUAAAUGAAUAGAACAUGAACAGAAGGGCAUUCAGAGAACAAACUAAACAAGUGGAAACGGACCCAAACACAUUAAAUAAAGCCGUUUAAAGAUUCUCACACAGAUAUAAUGUAUAAUUUGUUGUUAGAAGCAAAGAGGCGCUCACUGUUUGUCAAAUUUUUUUUUAAAGUUUGUAAGAAUUUGUUUAAAAACCUUAUUCAGUUGGGCUUGGCUCUAUUUUGCUGAGCAUAUUUACAAACAAAAGGAGUUUAAAAAAAAAACAAAAAAAAACUGCAUCUGGAAGUAGGGAAACAAAUAUAAUUUUCAUUACCAAAAUUAUGAGAUUCUUUACUUAUGUAUUUAGUUUAAUGUUGACUAAUUGUAUAUCUUGUUUUACAUGGUGAAAUUUAUCUAUGAUGCAAAAAUUCCCUGACAUAAGGCUCAAACUAAUCACAUGAGAUUUUCCUCCAAGCUUCAAUAAUUUUACAUUCUCCCAUGCACAGAAUUAAGAUUUUGAGACCUUCUUUUUUCCUCUUUUAGUAUUAGUCAAUAUUUUAUAAAAUAAUAUUUAUAUAAAUAACUUUACUAUAUAGAAUGUAAAUAAUUUAAUCAAAUAUGUGCUGUUAGCCAAAAUUGCAUUUACUUCAUUACACAAUUAUCUCUUUUUUCUUACUGAAAGUCCACUUGAGUAAUCGUUACAGCAACAUAUGGACUGAUUUUUCUCAAAACUGACUUUUGUUAAACAAUUAUUAUUUUGAUUUAUAAAUAUCUUUUUAAAAACUGAAGUUUGUAUUACUGCUUAAUCAGUGCCUAAAAUUAGAAGCAUUUGAACCUCAUUUCUUCAUCCCCUUCCUUAGCAAUACAUGCGUAUACGCAAACCACAGCUGCCUGACAUGUCCCAAGCUGGUAUGGCACAAGCCAACUGGAAGUUUGUGGAGACCUUGCUCAAAGAAUGUAAAACAAAGGUUGGACAUGACUAAUUUUUUUUUUUCAUCAUUCAUAAUGAAAGCAUAUUUAGUUUUCAGUCCAAAGUUAGAUUUUCUAAAUAGGAUUAAAAAUAUGAUUUCUAAUGUACAGACCAAAAUAAAAUAUGAUUUAUAAUGUACAGACCAAGAAGAUGCUUGUGGAGAAGAUGGGCCAGGAGGCAGUGGAACUUGGUCACAGUGAGGCCAGCAUCACAGGGGUGGAAGAGAACACUCUGAUUGCCAGUUUGUGUGAUCUGCUGGAGAGGAUAUGGAGUCAUGGCUUACAAACUAAAAAGGUUUGGGGACCGCUGCUGUGACCGUUGUUGAACAUGUGACCUAAUUAAUAACAGUGUUCAAAACCUUGUGUUGUUGUCCUUAGACAGAGAACAUUUUAAGAGCUCUGCAAACAUCCUCCCACAGCUAUACACCCGUGAUGCAGCUAUACACACAUGACACAUCUAUGCAUGCAUGUUGGAACUAUACACACAUGACUCUUUAGAAAAAUUGAAGAAAAUGAGAGUAAAAUGUUAAUUUUAAAAUCAUAUAUUAACGUUGCUUUUUUAGUGAGGGUUAAAUAAAAGUUUGAAAGCAUCGUAACAAUAGAACAUAAAGAUGUUUGUUUAAAGCAUUUCUUAGAGUUCUCAUUUAUUUGAUUUAUAAAGAAAUGUUUUUAAGACAGGCUUUGUUAGGUCAGUAGAAUAAAUGAAUUAUAAAGGGGGAAAUGGGAAACCAAAGUGUUCUCCAACUUGCAGCAAUUAGCUCAGCAGUUUUAUACAACAGACAUCUCCUCUUCCAUUAUGUCAGGAGCGAUUAGUAACGCCAUUUAUGCUUUAAGGGAAUACUGUAUAAGGUUGUAAUGAAAUUAGUUUAACAGCUGUAAAGAUAGAUGAGUUUUACUCAAAUGCCUUUGACUGGAUCAAUUCAGGGCAAGUCUGCAGUCUGGUCACACUUGCUGAGCUAUCAAGAUGCAGAGGAAGGCAAUGAAAACAACAAACCAGUGGAUCCCAAGCUGUUACAACCAGGUACAAAAAAACAACCCCACCUGUUUCUGCUUCAUUUAUAAUUUUUACCCUUUUGUUUAGAACAUCUCCAUCGAUUACCUGUAACAUAGCACUUGUCAAUCAUUGGAUUGUCAUUACAGCAGAAACGUUGCUGGUGUCUCAGAAACAUUGAAAGUAUUUAGUCUUCAAGAUCUAGGCAUUUUCUAGUUGGUUCGGUAUUCUAAUCCUGAAGUAAUCUUCCGGUCUUUGAGAUGACAUUAUUUAUUUAAAAUCAUAUCUUGAAAUAAAAAUAUUGUAGUGGUAGUUGAAAGAACUGUUUACAUUUAAUUGGUGCUAAGUCUAAUAAUGUCAUAGAUUGAUUUUUUCAUUAUUAAUAAGAAUUAUGAAAGAAAAAAAUACAGUAUUUUAAAUUAUACAUGAAAAAUUCAUCAGUCUUAUUCAGUAGUCAUUUGGGCAUGUACCAUUUUUGCCUGAACUGGCAGUUAAAACUUGUCAGGAUUUACUGGUAUGGUUAAUGUUAAGAUUAUUAUAUACUGAGUUAUACCGUCUAUUUCAAGUUUUAAUGACAGUAACAGUUGACAAUUUUUUUUUAAUGUUAUCACCUACUUUGACUUAUCACCUACUUUGACUUUCUGCUUUUGUUUGCAGUUUUUCUAAUAGAUAAUGAUUUGUAAUUUCUUUUAUAUCUUCCCCCCCCCCCCGCUAUCACUAGUCAUCUCCCUUUUCCGCUGUUAUAUUAGGUUAUUAUUUCACUUGCCCUUUCAUUUUUUUUUAAUGUUAUCUCCUACUUUGACUUAUCCCCUACUUUGACUUUCUGCUUUUGUUUGCAGUUUUUCUAAUAGAUAAUGAUUUGUAAUUUCUUUUAUAUCUUCCCCCCCCCCGCUAUCACUAGUCAUCUCCCUUUUCCGCUGUUAUAUUAGGUUAUUAUUUCACUUGCCCUUUCCCCUUACCCAUCCACUGUCUCUACACAGUCUGAUAGCAAAUCAAACUCAGCUCGUUAUUGACAGCUAUGAGUUACCUUUUGUGGUUUGCAAAAUAAAUAUCUCAAUCUGUAUUCACUAAUUAAAAAUGGCCUUUCUGGCAUAUUCAUGUCUUCAAACCUAUUCUCGUCAACCAGUAGUCACUGAAAUACUGUCAUUAUUGUUUUGGUCAUCUGAGGCCAUCGUUUCUGAGUUUUGAUAAUUACUCCACCUUCUCUCCAUGAAUGUUUGAAUUUACUGACAUUUUUCAAUGUUCUUUUACACCUGGUAAGCCCUGAUGUGGCAUUAAUUAAUAACUUUCACUUAGUUAUUUAUUUUACCUUAAUGUUUUAAGAAUUUUUUAAUGAAUUCUUUUGCCUACUGUUUUAAUCAGAGAAAAAGAAUGUCAAUUGGAAGUUUUUUUCUAUCAUAAAGAUUGGAACAAAUUUAUAGAACAAUAAUCUAAAAAUAAUAAUAGUCUAAUAAAACCAGUAAAUAAGUUGCAUUAUUUCAUAAUAUCAACCACAUUAUCAGUGCACAUUAUUUAUAAAAAUAAAUAUCAUUCAUAAUCCCACUGCAUCUAAUAGUUAAAAAAAAUUCAUCAGAAGAAAAUUAAUCUUUCUAAAAUUUGUUUUUGAACUGUCUGCUAACAACUACAUAUUUUAUUAAAAGUGGGAAGUGUUUUUAAUAAAAGACACAUCACCAAAAAUGAUGAACAUGUUUAUAUUCUGCUACAAAAAACAAGAAAUCCAAUCCAGCCCAUUCAAACAUCUUUCUAUGAUCCUAUACUUCUCCCCCUUUCUGGCUAUUCAAAGGUCUGCCCAAGCGUCAUAGCUUGAUAGAUAUCAAAUCUUUGGUUGACGGCUCAUUCACAAUUCUGGGUCGGUCUAUUUCUCUGAGCAGUAAGUAGCGACGUAACCAGCACAAACCAGAACCACUGAAGGUUCAUGUUGUUGUUUUAUAUUUUCUUGUGGCCACUUUGCUAGCUGCCUGCUAGUGGCAUGCCAUGGUCACUCUCUUUACUUAACCACACCUUUACAUUAUUUAACACAGUGCUCUCAAGAGUAUUUAGUGCCUGGUUGUGUUAUACUGUUUAUUUAUUCCUCACUGUUGUCCAACCUGUGUGCUUAAUAACUUAGUCUUUUUUAGGUGCAGCUACAUUUCUAUAUGGGUUCUAUCUACGGCUUGUUUUAUAUAUACCCAAAUAUCAUAUAUAUAAAUAAAUAUACAUAAAAAAUAAAAAAAUAAACCAGCUAUUAUACAUAUUUAUAUUUGUGUUCUAGAUCAUUUGCCAUCGAGGAAUGGACAAUUUUAAAAAAAAUUUUAUUGACAUAACAGGACUAGUUUCAAAAAUAUUUAAAAGCUUAUCAUUUUGAUUUUCGGGAAAGAGGUUGAUUUAAACAUUUAGAAAAGAAAAUUAAAAUUCCCAUGCAAAAUUAAAAAAAACAAAACAUUUUAAAGCUUUCUACUGCUUGACAAAAUUUGAGUAAAUUACUUUUCAUAAAAAAAAUACAUGCAUUCAAACCAUUUCCUCAUUCUAAAUUGAUCUCAAUCCUCCGUAGUGUAAUUUGUGUGAACUGGAUGAAAAUUGGCAUAUUACAUUUGUUGUAACUAUUUGUUUUAACAAAGCUGUUGUAUUCCUUGCUUUUCUUUUAUUAUGAAAACCUUCUGCUGAUUACCUUAAAACUUGAGAUUUUUAGUAGUAAUUCUUUUUAGCUUAAAAAAGUAGAACAUGUAGCAUCUUUAUUGGCUGUGUAUUUGAAUAAAUAUAUAUUUUCCCCCGCUCUUUUACUUUACUAUUGCCACUCGAAUUAAAUCUUAAGAAAUUAAUUUUAAUCAAUCUUUUAAGAGAUUCUAUGGUAGAAAAACAUACAGCAGAAUAUUUUUCAAAAGAUUCAGAAAAGUGCUCUUUUGCCUAUUUUACUGUACAAUACCCACCCCACAACAUCUGCUAGUUUGUAUUGACUUUGUGUCAGCACUUUCAACAUCUCUCUGAUUCAUAGUGUUAUUUUUGUAAACAUCACUCUGUUUGAUGUUAUUUUUGUAAACAUCACUCUGUUUGAUGUUAUUUUUGUGCUUAAAUUCAUGUAACUCAAAGCCAGCUUGGUUUCUAGGCUCCUUUCUUGGCUGAAAAUUAAACAUCGGUCAGGUAAAAGUUGAACAUUUGAGUUGUUGUUUUUUCUCAUUAUUCUUUUUUCUUAAUUCAGGGAACAUAAACAUAAAAAUAUAUAAAGUUGAAUAAGUUAUAAGGAACAGACCUGUAAAAUAAGUUAAAUUGAAAAAAAAAAAGAUUAUUCAAAAGAAUGUCAGUAAAUGUUCUGUGUUGUUGCAAUUUGUGAAAAUAUUUUGAAUUUAUCCUAGAGUUGAAUUUGUUCAUCAAAGUUCUUUUUUGAAAAAGUUUCAAGUAAAUGUUCAUGAAUUCAAAGUAUUUGUAUUUCAUUAUGUUCAGUUUAAGACUUGGAUUCUAUUAAGGUUCGGCAAAUUUGUUCUUGUUUCUGUUUUAAUACAUUCUAACUUCAUUGUCUGUUUUGUAUUUACUUUUUUGUUUAUUUUAGUCAUUCAGGAUGAAUUUAUUAUGACUUGGUUUAUCAUAUUAUUGUCCCCUGAGCUUGUUGACAUAGCUAUUUAAGGAAUUUUUUUGUCUUUAUGGAUUGGUUCCAGAAGGAACGUGUGUUUUGUGAUAACUGUGCAUUAAUUCAUGUUUUCUUUAUACAUUGAUUUAGCAGCAUAUUAGCAUUUAGUCUAGUUGCCAUUUGACAGACACCUUGAUAUUUUCAUUCUGUUUUUAUUUCAACAUCUAUUUUUAGUAUAGUCUUUGUGUGUGUAUGUUAAAAUGUUCUUUUCUACUUCUGUUUGUUUGGAUGCUACUAUCUCAUUUGAGUAGCAACUGUAGUGGGCCAUUAUUAAGGCUUCUAGACAGUUUAGUGUGAUUCUACUAUUAUAUUGAUAACUCACAAGACACUCUUAAUUCCUUGUUGUGUCAUUCAAUGUAUAUGAUGAGACUGAGUGAUAUCCAGGCCAUUUGACUUUUCCCAGAGUGCCCUGCCUCACCCUAAGUACACUAACAUAAACAACUGACUUUACCAUGAAGUCGCCUAAGGGACAACCAAAUAAAAAAAUUCCCCCUUGGCAUUUAGGCAUUAGUAACCGGAGGCCCCUAUAAUUAUAAGGCCUACAUGAGAUGGCCAUCAGUACUCACUCCCUCCCUGUUUCCCCUUAAGAGAGACUGAUGUUUAGUGUAAUGGUAACAGCUGGAACUCUUCAUCCUAUCCAGGGUACUGCCAUUGAAUGCGAAUUACAGACCUCUGGUGCAAUUCAUCCCAGGCAUCGAGUUUCUUUUACUGAAAUGGGAACUGUACAGUGCCACUCAUGAUGCUCUUUUGAUGAGCCAUUAAUUUGCCACAAAUACAGAUUUACAAUAAAUUAUUUGAUGGAGCCACACACAUAGUUUGACCAGUACAAUGAUUCAUUAGUACUCUGUCAGGAUCUUUCUAGAGUAUUCAAAACUGCUGGUUAUUCAGCUACCAUUUCUGAUUACCUUAUUCAUUGAAAGAGGAAAUUUACUUUUAUUUUAGAAGUUUUAAACUAAUUAUUUUAUUGAUAUGAUUGUUGAUGUAUCUUAUAUUUUUAGUCUAAAGAAAACUUAUCCACACAUGUUCAACAUAUUUAAGCACAUAAUAAAUAGAUGCAAAUAUCUACCAUAAUCUGGUCAAGGGUUCUAAAAUAAUGCAUUUUUGUGAGAAAAAAAAAAAGAAAGACUUUUUAAAUAGGCCAAAUGAGGCGAUGGACUUCUUGUGGUCGAGAUUUUAUCCUGAGACUCCCCUUAUUAUGUCGGCACUCAAUUGUAUCAGCACAGUCAUGUAUAAUGAGGCUUUUAAAAUUUGUUUAAACACAAAUGAGGGUAAAAAAAUCAACUCAUCCUUACCAACCUUCCUCACCAUGUGAUUGCCAAAAAAAAUCUUCUUGAAGAAUCGUCAUAUACUCCUUGCUGACCCUAGCGCUAACAGAUUAUUCUCAUCCUCUCCAUUUAUUGUCUUCAGAUGAGAUAAAAAUCUAUUUGACUUUCUGGUUCACAGUCACCUUUGAGCUGUCCCCUCUCACUUUGAAACUAAACCAUGUUCAAGAAGCCAUUGCAGGGGCUUCCGUAGGGGGACCUUUAACCAUCAAAGAGGGCUUCUCGUGUAUUGGUCGAAAUUCAGUUGUUUGCCAAAGAUGCCACUCCUGUUAUUUAGGUGAAACAGGAAGAAGGCUAACUGAUAAAAUCAGUGAACAUCUUCAUGGUAUAUAAAUUCUUAACAAGCCAUUCACAGUCUCUCCCAUUUCAUUGGAGGUGAGCACAGGGGCACACCAGAUGUAUUAUAAUGGCUCUAAUUUCUUGCACUAUUAAACCAGUGAGCGCAAAGAAUGAAAACAAAUUAAUUCAGAUUUUAAGUCUCAUAUUGAAUCAAUCAGAUACUCUCUUAAUACUGAUUCUUACUUUCUCUACAUUUCUAUUCUCAAUUUUAGUUGAUAAAAAUUUUACAUAAACAAUAAUUUUUAGAUUCUUUUACCUAAAUAGUACGCAAUACAGAAUAAUGUGCGAUGCAUUAGGUUUUAAACAACUUAACUUCGAUAUCUAACAAUAUCAUAGAGCACUCCCCGUUCUAAACAGUGAGCUACAUUGACUAUAUUGAGAUUUUCAAAAUCAUAAUUUUUAUUUAUAUUUUUUAAGUAUCUAUUUUUUUUUGUUUUGUAUUGGCUGCUGAAGGAGUCAGCCAAAACGUCUGGCUUAAAAUCCUUUGUUCACUAUUUAUUUACUUGAACUUUACUUGUAUUUCUCUUUGCAUGUUACAUUUAUGAUCAUACCAAAACUGACAUUUACUCUGGGGAAAAAAAUGACCCAUGACUCUGUACAAAUGACACAUGAUUUAUUUAUGUGGAAGGUUUUUUAUUUUAUAGAGCUUAAACCCUCUCCAGCUUUAAUCUUGGGUUUGCUAUGAAUUGCAAAUUUGAAAUCCUUUUUGUUUCACAGCACUUCAGGUAUGAAUAUUUGCUCACUAUGGACUAAGCAUCUACUUAAUUCAGUGGUUAAAAAACUCCGACACCUAUGGGGGCCUCAGUGAUACUCCUAUGGAGCAGUAAACUUUGAACCAAUACUCUCAAAAUAAACUUUAUUGUUUUUUUAAUUUCGGAGUUUCAGUACUAAAUGAUUUCAACAGUAUUUUUGAGCUUGAGCAUGUGACCUCAGUUUGGGAAAUACUUUUUCUGGUGAAGGAAUGAUAUGGAACAAGUUACACAUGGAUUGUAACAAACAAUUGAAACAUUUAAAAAGGGGUUCAAAAUUUCUGAUGGAGGACCUUACUUUAAUGAAUAUGGGCAGCAUAAAGGUCUCAAAGUUUUCACCCCCCCUCAAAAUGCAUUGUUUCAGUCUGUAUGAUUGUUGGUGUUAAUAUACUGUGCUUAUUGCCUGUCCCCGCUGUACAGAUCUGUCCAACAUUGGCAUUGACCCUGACAAAUUGCAGCAGGAUAAACCUCCUGAAAAGACUCACCGCAGGCGAGGAAGCCAAGGCAGGAUCGAGUUACCCGUCCUCAGACCCAUGCCCAAGUCUUUGUUGACAGACAUGAAGUAAGGGAGGUUGGACUUGAACUAAUUUAUCUAUUCAUACUAGAACUAAUUACUCAAAUAGUAUGAGUUGGCUGAAAAUGAAUACUGUCAUUGUGCUAUGCGGUAGGCCAAAAAUGACCAUAAUUUUAGAAUGAUGUAGACCAAUAACUCCUAUUUGUUCAUUUGAACUUUGUUUUUAAGUCAAAUGUCAUGUGUGCACAUAAUCCUGCAAAUUCUUCUUUACAAAUGCUGGGGAAACAUUGUCUCACUCACUGUCCACCAGGAAAAUCCAACAGAUGUCUGACAUACACACUGAUGUUGGCAAGACGAGAGCACUGAUCAGGCUAGCACUGGAAAGGAAGAUGUUAUCUGGCCAUCUGAAGCAACUGCUGGCUGACACAGACCUUCUCAGGUGAUCAGAUACGUUGGUUUGUUCUCACCAGAUACAUUGAUUGUUUUCAUCGGAUACGUUGAUUGUUUUCAUUGGACACGUUGAUUAUUUUCACCAGUUACACAAAUGUUUCUAGUUUCUAACGGGUUUCUCCAUUACUGACCUGUUCAAACUGGUUUGAUGAAGCACAAAAUUCUGAUCAUUAACUCUAUAAUGACCACUGAUAAUUGUUGCCAUGUCCAGGAGCCUGUACAAGCGUUACGCCUUCCUCAGAUGUGAAGAUGAAAGAGAGCAGUUUCUGUACCACUUGUUGUCACUCAAUGCGGUGGACUUUUUCUGCUUCACAAACACAUUUCCCAACUCAGGUAGGCGGUAAAAUCUUUGGAUGAAUCAUCAUCUAAUCAGUCUUAAAGCAUAGGACCACUUUAUAAGAAUCGAUGGUAAAUAUAUUGAACAAACUAAAGGCGUUAUUCUGAAUGCCUAAAUUUCCGGAUGCUGUACUUAAAGAGUUGAUACAAUACUGAAAUCUGAGCUUGGCACCUAAGAUUGUUUUGUUGUCACCACCUCAGUGGUUCCAUACAGAGUACUCAUCUACCCAAGCACAAAACUGGGCUGUUCAACCACCAGUGCCAAUGUUUGGCUGUCUGUGGCAGGACAGUUGGGAGAAACUGGGACUAUGGAUGUGGCCAAAAGUCUUUUGGAGCUGACCUUUGAGGUAAAUGUGUGAGUGUUGGAGCUGACCGUUCUGAUAAAUGUUGGUUGUAAAUUACACAACUGAAUCCACUUAAGUAGGGACGAAUCUCACUUGUAUGUCAGAAUUUUGAACAUAUUUAGCUUUUAGAACAAAGCUUAAAUAGGUAGUGAUCAUCUGGAAAGUGUGAGCCAUUAGAUCAAGGCCAAAAUAGGUAGUGAUCAUCUGGAAAGUGUGAGCCAUUAGAACAAGGUUAAAAUAAGUAGUGAUCAUCUGGAAAGUGUGAGCCAAGAAGAGUGUGUUCACAACAUAUGUAAGGAAUAUUUACAACAGAGGCGACCAUGUUAGUUUGGCUAAGACUCUCACUAGGAGGCAACUCCGUACAUGACAUCAGCACAUUUGUGUAGUCAACUAAUGUCUUAGUUGCACAUUGUAUAGAAGUCCUCAUUCAAAGUUGCAGCUUUUAUAGGUUAUUUUGAGUGUUCAUUUUAAGAUGUGAUUCCAUUUGUCUUGCAUCUUGAAUAAUUCAUGUGUUUCUAUUGAUAUCUUUACUAUCUCAUAUUCUGUGUUUAAUCCAGCAGAUAUUACUUAAGCAUAAUGUUUUCUUGUUGCAGCACAAAAAUCUGGGAAUCCUGACAACACUUCGCAUUGGCCAUGACAACAGUGGGAUGAUGCCAAGAUGGCUGGUGGAGUAUGUGUUGGUCAGAAAUGAGCUUACCGGGCACACCUACAGGUGAGCUGUGCUACUGCACGUGCGUACAGGUCAAUUAUUAUUCUAGAUAUUGGGUGGAUAUUUUCUCUCUGUCUGCCUCUGGCGUUAACAAACUCACAACACCUGUGCUUCCAUAUUCAAUUACGUUAUAUUUGACUGCAUGUUGACUUGCUCCCAAUGUCCCACAGGUUCAACUGUGGUAGAUGGCUGGGCAGAGGUGUGGAUGAUGGCAGCACUGAGAGACUUCUGGUAGCUGAGCUGAUGCAUCACACCAUUGAUACUGAAGGUGGGUCCCUCUCAAGUUUCAAGAGUGAAUCGAAUGUGUUACGCUAAUCCUUGCUGAUCCAGAUAUUCGAUAUCAUAAUUUGGCAGUGUCUUUUUUUAUGUGUGUUUUUUGUGUGUGUUGAAAUUUACCCUAAUUUUAUCAAUUGUCUGCUGCCAGAAGAAUAUUGACAAUUAAAUUGUCUUUCUAGAUGAAGUUGUGGUCACAUCAACUCCAAUUGUUCAUAAGUUAAUGAGACUGUUGACAAUUAAGUUGUCUUUCUAGAUGAAGUUGUGGUCACAUCAACUCCAAUUGUUCAUAAGUUAAUGAGACUAUUGACAAUUAAAUUGUCUUUCUAGAUGAAGUUGUGGUCACAUCACCCCCAAGAACAUGUUCACCAAAAUCUCCUAGAAAGUCACAAGAUGCUAGUGAGUGCCCGUUGUUUAACUUUAGUAACACUUACAUGCACAGGCAUGGAAGGAUUUAGUCAGUAUUUUAAGAAAGAAUACUUACCACUAAUUUCUCAUAAUGUUGACAUGUUCAAAUUUAAAAUUGUAAGUGUAAUAGAGGUAUUUAACUACUUGUGUUUUAAAAAAAAUUUCACGGUAAGAAAGAAAUAUAAACAAAACUGAAUGAAAAUAUAAUGGAAAAAAAGGACACAUAAUAAUGAGGUCUCAGUUCUAUCAUUCCUCAGAACAGUCUUAUAGAUACAGCACAUUGAGCGCAUCAUUUCUUACAUGGCUUAAACUCAAUUGUUUCCAUCCCCAGAUUCUGGCCUUGCUGAGAUCCAGGAAAAUUUGGGACAAGCUGUAAAUAACUUAGUCAAACAUUUCUACAAGCCAGAAAAAGAGGUCACUAUAAAAAUUGUUGCUUUAAUUCAGUUUUUGAGGCAUCGGUCAUUCACCCCAAUUUGUUACACAUCUCGCUAGGAAAAAUUCUGAAUUUGUUACAUAUCCUGUAGGGAGAGAUUCCUUUUUUUUCCUUCUUCAUAUCUCGCUAGGAGGAAUUCCUAAUUUUUUUUCAUAUCCUGCUUGGAGAGAUUUAUUACUCGUAUAUCCAUAAAUAUCCUCUCAGGAAAUAUUCCUAAUUUGUUGCACUUCUCGCCAGAACAGAUUUCUAACUUGUUUGACAUUAUCUUAAGAGAGAUUCUCCAGUUCCUGACAUAAUGCGUAAGCAACCAAAACAAUGAGAGUUGAUUUAUUCAUCUCAAUGCUGAGUGUCACUUCUACAGAUAACCCUCACCAAUCAAUGCUUUUUAACACUAAUUUCUUACCAAAGAUUUUUUUCUUCCUAAAAAUGAUGAACGUGACAAGUUGUGCGUUUUUUUUAUUAUUUCAGCGGGGUAAUAUAACAUUUCUUCUGUGCGGUGACAAAGGCCUUGUGCAUUGCAUGGAGCAAGUUUUCCAAUAUGGCUUCAGAUCGUCAAGGAUAUUUAGAAAUAAAAUAUUCAUAUGGGAUUACAUGGGUGAGUCAUUAAAAGAAAAUACACACAUUUAUUAAGCCCCUUGAAGACGUAACCUUGGAAUAAAAUCUCAACUGUAAUAAUGGCCAGGGAAAUAAAUUUUGGAUUACUCUCAAUGAUUUAUGACUAUGAAAGUCUUUCCUACAUACCAGAACUAAAAAUUUGUCAAAUAUUAUUCUAAAACUUGCUCAUCAACUGGUGUUUAUUUGCUACAAUAGUAGUUUGUUGUGAAAGAAGUAAAGAAAAGAACAACAUAAAAUUGCUGUAGCUUAAAAAUAAAGCAGCUCAAUUAGUAAAUAGCCAUCUGCUACAAAUACAAAAACAAAUGUAUGAAAAUCUCAUCCUCAUCUUUAAACCUCUCUUUCAAAAUUGAAGAUUGUAAACUUUCCACUAAAAAAAAAAAAAAAAUAAUUUUUUUCUCAACGCCUAUGACUAUGAUCUACAGAGCGCCUGAAAGUUUUCUUUGACGGUGCCCUGGCUGGCAACACUGCCCGAACAAAUACAAAAACAAAUGUAUGAAAAACUCAUCCUCAUCUUUAAACCUCUCUUUCAAAAAUGAAGAUUGUAAACUUUCCACUAAAAAAAAAAAAAAAAUAAUUUUUUUCUCAACGCCUAUGACUAUGAUCUACAGAGCGCCUGAAAGUGUUCUUUGACGGUGCCCUGGCUGGCAACACUGCCCGUCAGUUGAACGAUGUGACUAAGGCAGGCUACUGGCUGUUCAGUGACCUGGUCAAUAAAAUCAACACAGCGUCAGACACUGUGGGCAAAGACGGGAAGUUUCAGGUCUUCAUCUGUGUUGGAAUUAGGUUGGUGUUAUUUUUUAGUGUUGGAAUUAGGUUGGUGGUAUUUGUUAGUGUUGGUAUUAGGUUGGUGGUAAUUGUUAAUGUUGGAAAUAGGUUGGUGGUAUUUGUUAGUGUUGGAAUUAGGUUGGUGAUAAUUGUUAGUGUUGGAAUUAGGUUGGUGUUAUUUGUUAGUGUUGGAAUUAGGUUGGUGGUAUUUGUUAAUGUUGGAAUUAGGUUGGUGGUAUUUGUUAGUGUUGGAAUUAGGUUGGUGGUAAUUGUUAGUGUUGGAAUUAGGUUGGUGGUAUUUGUUAGUGUUGGAAUUAGGUUGGUGGUAUUUGUUGAUGUUGGAAUUAGGUUGGUGGUAUUUGUUAUUGAUGGAAUUGGGUUGGUGGUAAUUGUUAGUGUUACAAUUAGGCUGGAAGUUUUUGUUGGUGUUGGAAUCAGGUUGAUGGUUUUCUUAGUGUCGAAGUCCAGUUGAUUUCCUUGAACUCUGAUUACUGAAGGUAAAAUGAAGGCAAAUUUAAACUUUUUCUCAUUAAAUGUCAGAAAUGUUAAAAAAACCAGAAAGAAUGAAGUAAUUUUUUUCAAAUGCUUUGAUUAGCCAGCAAAUUUUUUUAUUUGAUAAUUCUCAUCCAUGAAAAAGUAAAAAAAAAACAAAUAAUAGAAAAUGAGUGCGUUUAAUUUCUCCAGGAAACGGUGUCUGCAUCGAUGGCUUCCCCUGAUGGCAGGCACAACUGUAACGGCACAGAUGUACGAGGAGAACUCUUUCCUGCGUAAUCCGGUCCACAUAAACUUUGUUAUGCACAUACUUGAUUCUCUCACCGAGUUUGACAUUCCACUUGAGGCCUCUUUGCUGAGGGGCAUUGACCUUGACCUUUGAACCCAUGGUUUCUUGUAUGAAACAGCUGAGAUGAGCAUUACAUGUAUAUAUGCAUGCCUACCUGUUUUAUUCAUUCGUUCACAGAUUGUUCAGAG